AAAAAGGAAAGAAAAAGCACCGUUUUACCAAAAAAGGAAAAAAUAAUAAUUCUAUAAAAUUUUUACCAAGAAAAGAAAGAGACAGAGCAAUUUUUUUUGUCGACAGAGGAAAAGCUAUUUUGUUUUACGAAAAUACACCUUUUUACCCAAACAAAGGAAAAGAAAAUAUAAUUAUUUUUGGGUCAAACUGUCAAAGUAUUUUAGUUUUUCAGUUAGCUAGUGGUGGACUGAUCUGUUAAGUAGCUGUAAGCUUGACUUUGAGAAACAUUAAAUGUCCCCGACACUCACUCUCUGAAAACUCUUCCAAAUCGUGAGGGAAUCCACGAGUUCUAGAUCUAACUUCUCUUAGAUCUGACUUCAUGGAUUGCUCUCUUCUUCUUCUUCUUCUAAUCUCUCUCUUACUCACACUUUCUUCAAGUUUCGUCUCUUCUUCCACAUACGUAGAAGAACAAAAGAGAGACAGGAUCACCGAGUUACCUGGACAACCUAGUAACGUCGAUUUCAGACAGUACUCAGGUUACGUCACUGUGAACGAAGAACGUGGAAGGGCUUUGUUCUACUGGCUGGUCGAGUCUCCAACGACCCGUGACCCAAAGUCUCGGCCUUUGGUCCUGUGGCUCAACGGAGGUCCAGGUUGUUCUUCUGUUGCUUAUGGUGGUGCUGAAGAAGUUGGUCCUUUUCGUGUUGGGUCUGAUGGGAAAACUCUACAUCCUAAACUCUAUGCUUGGAACAAAUUGGCGAACUUGCUUUUCUUGGAGUCUCCCGCUGGAGUUGGUUUCUCAUAUACAAACUCAUCUUCAGAUCUUUACACAACCGGUGAUCAAAGAACUGGUAACAACAACUCUUUGCUGUCUCUGUAUAACCUUAUUUUCAGACCCUCUGAUGUAUUUUUCUUGAUAAAAUCUGCAGCUGAAGAUUCAUAUAGAUUUCUUGUCAACUGGUUUGAGAGGUUUCCACAGUACAAACAUAGGGACUUUUACAUUGUUGGAGAAAGCUAUGCAGGUCAUUUUGUUCCUCAGCUGUCUAAACUUGUCCAUGAAAGAAACAAAGGAUUCAAGAAUCCAGCUAUAAACCUCAAAGGUUUUAUGGUGGGAAAUGCUGUUACAGAUGACUAUCAUGAUUACAUAGGAACAUUCGAGUACUGGUGGAAUCAUGGUCUCAUAUCUGACUCCACUUAUCACCAACUGAAGACAGCCUGCUACUCAGUAUCCUCCCAGCAUCCUUCCCUGCAGUGUAUGGAAGCUUUGAGAAGUGCUGAACUAGAGCAAGGGAAUAUCGACCCGUACAGCAUUUUUACAAAACCUUGCAACAAUACUGUGCAGCUCAAGAGCUUCUUAAAGGGUCGCUACCCAUGGAUGUCAAGAGCUUAUGAUCCUUGUACAGAGAGGUAUUCAAAUGUGUAUUUUAACCGUGUGGAGGUUCAGAAGGCUCUACAUGCAAAUGUCACUCGCUUAUCUUACCCUUGGAAAUCAUGCAGUGACAUUGUAGGAAACUAUUGGACAGAUUCCCCUGUUUCUAUGCUACCAAUAUACAGAGAAUUGAUUGCUGCAGGUCUCAAAAUAUGGGUCUUCAGUGGAGAUACAGAUGCGGUGGUUCCUAUAACUGCAACCCGAUACUCUAUAGAUGCACUGAAGUUGGCAACCAUCACAAACUGGUACCCAUGGUAUGAUCAUGGCAAGGUUGGUGGAUGGAGUCAAGUGUACAAAGGGCUUACGUUAGUAACAGUGACAGGAGCUGGUCAUGAGGUGCCUCUACAUCGUCCUCGUCAAGCCUUUAUUAUUUUCAGAGCGUUUUUAGAGAACAAACCGAUGCCAAUGUCCUGAAAACAUAGCUUGAGUGGGGAUCUCUUCCCCUUCAUACCUAUUCUUUCUUAUUCAUCUUCUUCAUGAAUAAACCCAAUGUUUCCAUUUAUUGUCUUCCUCAGCCCUUAAAUUUACGCAAAGGAUUGUUUAGCUGUUUAGCACAAAUCAUACACUACUCUUCUUCUCUGUGUAAAAUCUUUAUAAUCAUACUCAUAUUAACGUCAAAGUCUUUUCACACUGCUAA